UGCCUACUGUGCCAUUAAAUGUUUGUAACAGGUCAGUAUCACAUUAAGCCGUGUGCAUGGAAAAAGAAUGAAGCAGUAACUGGUUCACACAUCAGUGAGUUCUGCAGUUGAAAAACAGUGACAGUAUGGCAGCAGCAUUUGAGCUUGAAGAUCCUUUUCCCAGAAGACACAGGAGCAGCUUUGGACUUCUGCCGCCCUUCAUGUCUGAGGUCCGGGUUGUUCUGCUGGGGAACAGCUGGUCUGAGAGGAGUCAAGUGGGGAACCUCAUACUGAGUGACACAAAGUUCAGCCCAGGGAAAGAACUGGACCAAUGUGUCAAAGUCACUAGACAGAUUCAAGGGAAAAAAAUAGUUCUCAUCAAUACACCUGAUCUGCUCAAUUCAAAUAUCUCUGAAGACAAAAUACAGGAACAUGUAGAAACCUGUGUGAGGCUCUCUGAUCCUGGACCUCAUGUGUUCCUGCUGGUACUACAGUCUGAAGACUUCACUGAAGAUCACAAACGGAGACUCUGCAGAGUCCUGAAGCGGUUCAGUGAACAAUCUUUUGAUUAUUCUGUGGUUCUAGCAUCAACACCCAGAGAAGGAUUCUCAGAUCAAAGACAUACUCAUAAUCAUGACACACCCUUAGAACAAAUGAUCAAAAGAUGUGGAAACGCAUCACUGAAUUUAAAAAACCUUGACAUUCAGGAGUUACUGAGAGGAUUAAAACAGACUGUAGAAAGGAACCAUGGAAAACAUGUGACCUGUUGUCCCAGCAACGAACAAAGGAAACAAGUUCAGCCUAUUGAGUGUGAAUUCGGGAUUAUGCUGUUUGGGACAAGCUCAACAAAGAAGAAGGCACUCUGUGACUUUAUGGUGAAGAAAAAAGGUUUUGGUAAUUCAACAGGAAAGCAAGUUGUCCAUGGAGAGUGGAGAGAAAAAAGAGUUAGAUUAGUGAAAACUCCAGACAUGUUGGAUCUCUCAGAGAAAAAAGUGAGAGAGGAGAUGAAGAGCUGUGUGAGUCUCUGUCCUUCUGGACCAAAUGUUCUGCUGCUGUUAGUGAAACCUUCUGAUUUCACUGAGGAGAACAGAAAAACUCUGAAGUUCAUCCUGAGUUUGUUUGGUGAAGAUGCCUUUAAACACUCCAUGGUCAUCAUCACACAUAAGGAGGAGACAAGUUUGUCUGUCAAAUCACUUCUUAAAGAUUGUGACGGUAGACACUAUAACAUGUUUGACAAUAAUCGUAAUCAGUUAAUGGAGAAGAUUGAGGACAUUGUGCAUGAGAACAAAGGAAAAUUCCUCACAGUCACUGAACAGACCAUUAGACCAAAGUUUGAACUCAUCAAACCAGUCUUAAACCUGGUUCUGUGUGGGAGGAGAGAAUCAGAGAAGACUUCAGCAGCCAAGGCCAUUUUAGGUCAGACAGAGCUUCAUUCAGCAUCCAAGUCAUCAAAGUGUGUUAAACAUCAGGGAGAGGUGUGUGGACGUCGGGUUUCUGUGGUGGAGCUGCCUGCCUUGUAUGGAAAACCUCAGGAGGCAGUGAUCGAGGAAUCACUCAGGUGUAUCUCCCUCUGUUAUCCUGAGGGUAUCCAUGCCUUCAUCCUGGACCUACCUGUGGCUUCCCUAACUGAUGAAGACAAGGGAGAGUUAGAGAUCAUCCAGAACACAUUCAGCUCUCGAGUCAAUGACUUCACCAUGAUUCUGUUCACUGUGGACUCAGAUCCUAGAGAUCCAGCUGUUGUUAACUUUCUAAAGGAAAACAAGAACAUCCAGGAGCUCUGUGAGAGGUUUGGACGACAAUAUUCUGUUUUCAAUGUGAAGGACAAAGACAAGAUACCAGAACUGCUGGAGAUUAUAGAAAAGAAAAAGGCAGUAGAAACAUGUGACAGCAAAGAGCCUCUCAGGAUGGUGCUCAUUGGAAAGACUGGCAGUGGGAAGAGUGCAACUGGAAACACCAUUCUGGGUGAAGAAAAGUUUGAAUCGAAGGCCAGCUUUGUGUCAGUGACCACGUCUUGCCAGAAAGCAGCAGGAGAGGUUGAUGGACAGCCUGUUGCUGCAAUCGACACCCCUGGAUUGUUUGACACAAUGCUGUCGUAUGAUGAUGUUGAAAAGGAGCUUCUGAAGUGUAUCAACAUGUUGUCUCCUGGACCUCACGUGUUCUUACUGGUGCUUCAAAUCGGUCGCUUUACACGGGAGGAAAAAGAGACUGUGGAGUUGAUCAAGAAGGUCUUUGGUCAGGAUUCCGUUAAUUUUAUCUUUGUUGUAUUAACCAGAGGUGAUAACCUAAACAAUCAAUCAGCUCAAAGUUUCAUAGAAACAGAUUCUCCUGAAUUUCUCAAAAAACUAAUUGAUGAAUGUGGAGGGAGAUACCAUGUCCUCGACAACAAAGAUCAGAAAAACCGCCUUCAAGUCACUGAGCUGAUGACCAAAAUUCAAACAAUGGUCGAUAACAAUGGUGGCAACUACUAUAAGAUACCAAUAGAAUGUAAAGUAAAUCUGAUUUCGAAUGAGAUAAAAAAACUGCAAAGAGAGAAGGAUGACUGUAUAAGAAAACUUGAAAAGGAAAUUAAAGAUCUGAGAAAUGAAAUGGAAGUCCAAAAAUCUGAAAUGGGAGAAGGUUUGAAAGGGAAUACUGAUGAAAUGGAGAAAAAAAUAUACACCCUUGAACAGGAGAUUGAGAGGUUGAAGAAAAGUCAAGAGGAUUACUUGCAGCAGAGAAAUAAAAAUAAGUGUGUCUUCUUAUAACAAUGUAGGUCAUUGUUUAACAUCUUCAGAAUAGCCAAAGUCCACCAACAGCAUAGGUCAGGAGGUCCAGUUCACUGACUCCAGUUAGCAGAGGGGAUCAGUUACAACUCCUGUCUCAAGACACAUGAGUAAAGUAUCCGUGUGAAUUACUUAGACAUUAAUGUACUGAUUAUUUAAAAUCAUAGAGGAAAAUAUUAAUAAAAGUCAAAACCUUUUCUUUUGUGUGGAAUGAAAAGAUGGCAACUGAAACUGUUUAAUUUAGCAUUUCAACAUAAAUGUGUGACAUAGAACGUCAUAAUGACUGCUGGAUAUAUAUAUAUUCUGCUCGUGCCCCUGCGGGUGGUCUAUGCUUCAAGCUCGGGUCCUCUACCAGAGGCCUGGGAGCUUGAGGGUCUUCGCUUAGCUGUUCCUAGCACUGUGUUCUUUUGGAAAGAGAUCUCCGAUGUUGUUCCUGGGAUCUGCUGGACCCACGGCCAACCUUGGGAGUCACUGCAUCUAGUGCUCCAAUUACCACUGGGACCAAUGUUACCUUCACCCUCCACAUCUUCUCGAGCUCUUCUCUGAGCCCUUGGUAUUUCUCAAGCUUCUUGUGUUCCUUCUUCCUGAUGUUGCUGUCAUUCGGAAUCGCAACAUCUAUUACCAUGCCGUCUUCCUCUUUUUGUCUACCCAACACUAUGACCGGUUGGGUAGCCACCACCAUUUCGUUCGUCUGUAUCUGAAGGCCUACAGGAUCUUAGCUCGGUCAUUCUCCACCACCCUAGGGGGCGUCUCCCAUCUAGACCUUGGACUUCCAGGCCAUACUCGGCACAGAUGUUUCUGUAUACUAUGCUUGCCACUUGGUUAUGGCGUUCCAUGUAUGCUCUACCUGCUAGCAUCUUGCACCCUGCUGUUUUGUGCUGGAUUGUCUCAGGGGCAUCUUUACACAGCCUGCUCCUUGGGUCUUGCCUGGUUUGAUAGACCCCAGCCUCUAUGGAUCUUCUGCUCAGAGCUUGUUCCUGUGCUGCCAUAAUUAGUGCCACCUUACUGUCUUUCAGUCCACCUUUGUCCAGCCACUGGUAGGAUUUCUGGAUGUCAGCCACUUCCUCUGUCGGCUGGUGGUACACGCGGUGCAGAGGCUGGUCCUUCUAUUACGGUUCCUCCUCCUCCACUUGGUCGGGUUUCUGCUGCCUAAGAUAUUCCCUCAGGACAUCGUCGGUUGGGGCCAUCUUGAUGUAGUCGAGCUGUUGUUAACAUCUUGUCCGUGUUUUAGGUUUAUUUAGCCUUUGCUGUUCUUGGAUUUAAUUUACCUUGUAUUGUGUAUGUGAAUCAUUUGUCACCUUAGUUCUUGUUUCGUUUAUUUUGUGUUUGAAUAUUUUUCAAUCAAUUUUUAGAAAUGUCUGUGGAAAUAAAUCUGUGGG